AUGGCCCUGGCCCGGGCGGCACGCGCCGCUCCCGCAGCGCCUACCCCUCGGGUUCCGCAAGGCCACCGUCCCCGAAGCGCCUUCCCCCAUGGCCGCGCGCCUGUCCGGAGCCGGGGCGGCUCCGAGGGCCGGAUGCUGGGCGCCCGGGGCGGGGUCGCGGCCGGGGUCAUUGUCCUCGUUGUCUUUGCUGGAGGAGACCCUGGGGCCAGUGAGUGGCCCCUGACUCUGGAGAGCGGUCCCGCCUCGGCCGGCCUCCUGCUGAUGCUCCUGGCCCUGCCCCCAGCGGCCCCCAGCUGCCCCAUGCUCUGCACCUGCUACUCGUCCCCGCCCACCGUGAGCUGCCAGGCCAACAACUUCUCCUCGGUGCCGCUGUCCCUGCCGCCCAGCACGCAGCGACUCUUCCUGCAGAACAACCUCAUCCGCACGCUGCGGCCCGGCACCUUCGGGCCCAGCCUGCUCACCCUGUGGCUCUUCUCCAACAACCUCUCCACCAUCUACCCGGGCACCUUCCGCCACCUGCAGGCCCUGGAGGAGCUGGACCUCGGCGACAACCGGCACCUGCGCUCUCUGGAGCCCGACACCUUCCAGGGCCUGGAGCGGCUGCAGUCGCUGCAUCUGUACCGCUGCCAGCUCAGCAGCCUGCCCGGCAACAUCUUCCGCGGCCUGGUCAGCCUGCAGUACCUCUACCUCCAGGAGAACAGCCUGCUCCACCUACAGGAUGACCUGUUCGCGGACCUGGCCAACCUGAGCCACCUCUUCCUGCACGGGAACCGCCUGCGGCUGCUCACGGAGCACGUGUUCCGCGGCCUGGGCAGCCUGGACCGGCUGCUGCUGCACGGGAACCGGCUGCAGGGCGUGCACCGCGCGGCCUUCCGCGGCCUCAGCCGCCUCACCAUCCUCUACCUGUUCAACAACAGCCUGGCCUCGCUGCCCGGCGAGGCGCUCGCCGACCUGCCCGCGCUCGAGUUCCUGCGGCUCAACGCCAACCCCUGGGCGUGCGACUGCCGCGCGCGGCCGCUCUGGGCCUGGUUCCAGCGCGCGCGCGUGUCCAGCUCCGACGUGACCUGCGCCACCCCCCCGGAGCGCCAGGGCCGCGACCUGCGCGCCCUCCGCGACGCCGACUUCCAGGCCUGCCCGCCCGCCGCGCCCACGCGGCCCGGCAGCCGCGCCCGCGGCAACAGCUCGUCCAACCACCUGUACGGGGUGGCCGAGGCCGGGGCGCCCCCCGCCGACCCCUCCACCCUCUACCGAGACCUGCCCGCCGAAGACCCGCGGGGGCGCCAGGGUGGGGACGCGCCCACAGAGGACGACUACUGGGGGGGCUACGGGGGCGAGGACCAGCGGGGGGAGCAGACGUGCCCGGGCGCUGCCUGCCAGGCGCCCCCGGACUCCCGCGGCCCCGCGCUCUCGGCCGGGCUGCCCACCCCUCUGCUUUGCCUCCUGCUCCUGGCGCCCCACCACCUCUGACUGCGGUGCUGAGACUGAAGAGGCCAUCGUCACCCUCCCCGCCCAGCCCCGCCCCCGGCCUUGCUGCCUUCCU